GAAUCAUCAGAGCAUUCAAAAGAUCUCUGUGCAUUUACCCGGAUAUUUAUAGCAGUGCUUAACAUCAAGGCUUAACAAAAACAGGAGUUUCUGGAUUUCCUGUCCCAACAACCAGCCUGGUCAAGGCUAUGAUCUUUUGACUAUUGCAACAUCAUUACAAUGGGUCACUCAAUUUUGCAGAGGGGAGCAGAUUAAAGCACUCCAACUCUCUGGAGACCUCCUAGUUCUUCAAACAGACUUAUCAACCACGGCAGCUAAGGAACUGCCUGCUGGAAAGAACACUCACUCCUGCUUUAGCCUCUGCUGUCAAACACACCCCAGGGCUCUAGGUUUCUCGUGUGCAAAUAUUUUUCUGGCAUAAUACACUUCCCAGUGGGAAGCUUUGAAGUCUUACACACCAAUGGACAUCAAAUGGAUUUGUGCUGUCACCAUAAUCCUAGCCUGGUUCUGCAGAGCUUCCUCGGCACACCAGACAUCAGUUGAACCUCCCCGCAAUCUUCAGAUAAUUGACCCUGGACUUUUAGGCCAUCUCUAUAUAGAAUGGCAGCCUCCACCUUUCCUGCUAACCCUUGAUCAGUGUACAAUAAAAUAUAAAUUAAAAUACCGUAGCACGGGCGAUGCGGAUUGGAAGGUUGUUUUUACUAAGAAAUUAAAAUAUGGCGAUGGAUUUGAUCUCAGCAAGAGAACAGAAGCGAAGGUCCAGACUCUGCUGGAAGGACGUUGUACGAAUGAAUCUGAAGUGAAGAGUGACUGGACUCACACUACCUUCCAGGUGCCGUCACAAGGAGAACUGGAGUCACAGAUCCGAGACUUCCACUGUGUCUAUUACAAUUGGGAGCACCUCACAUGCACUUGGCAGCUGGGCCAGCUCGCUCCUGCUGGGGCGCGUUAUGAGUUAUAUUAUUGGUAUGAAGGACUGGAUCACACAGUGCAAUGUAGUGACUAUAUUCAGACUCAUGGAAGAAAUACUGGAUGCAAUUUGCAAAACCUGAGGCAAGCAGAAUAUAUUGAUUUCAACGUCUGUGUUAAUGGUUCUUCAGAGUCCACACAGCUGAGACCUUCCUACUUCACAUUCCGUCUUCAGAACCUAGUCAAACCUUCUCCGCCUGAGAAGCUGUCGGUUUCCAUUUCUGCCUAUGAGGAAGUUCAUAUGGAGUGGAGCCCUCCUGCUGGGGGUACCCCCCCGCACUGCCUAGACUAUGAGGUGCAGCUGACAGAGCACGAUGGCGAUGCUGAUGCUCCCUGGACGUCUGUCUCAACCCAAGUGGAAACCACCUUUACCUUCUCCCAGGCCAAUCGCAGCCGCGUCUCAUGCGUCCGUGUACGAGGGAAAACAAACAUGUUCUGCGCCAGCAAGGGCUUUUGGAGUGAAUGGACACGGAAGUGUUUCUACGUAUCCAGAAAAGAUGAAAAGCAGCUGUUCAUCCUCAUUGCAGUAGCCUUAAGUUUUCUGACUGUCAUCAUAAUAUUUAUAUUUGCUGCACAGUGCAAGAAAAGAACACAUGGAGAGAAAAAUAUAUCACCUACAGCUCUAUAUUUGGAAUAAUUCCUGAACAAAAUGAUUUCCAGAGAUGCCCUUUGAGAUGUCAGUGGAACUUACUGCUGCAUUAUGCACAUGUUAUUGAUGUCCAUAAUAAAGACCCAUGCCAACUUCCGGUUCCUAGUGUUCUUGGCAAAUUUCACGCUCCAGUGGGAUGCUAAUGCUGCAAAUGGUCUUGUUGUGCAGCUUGUGUCCAAUGGAUUGCCCUUAGCAUGUCCUCCCAAGAACAGACAUGAAACCUGAACUUCUUACGAGUCUUUUCUACUUCCCCACCCCAACUUACUAUGCUUCUAUAGUCCAACAACGCGAAGGUCAGAUAAGCUUAUUGACUGAUGCUAGAAUAAUUUUUUAUGAUAAAAAGGAGGCAGUGGAGACUGUGAUGAAUAAUAUCGACAGGUCUGCUGUGUGUGUUUCAUAAGAAUGAGUGGAAACACUGUUAACACGAUGGAAACUCAGUGGAAAAUCAAGAUUACACCCACCAGCCUAGGAAAGGUUGCUAGAUGCUAUCGUCCAUAGUCAGCUGAGCACCAUACAGUAGAUUUCCCUGCUGGCUCCCUCACUACCUUCUUUCAGUCCACUGUUCGUUUUUAAACAGUGAACGUUAGUUAACUGCAUUUAUUUAAUCAUGUCAUCUACCAUGCCACAGUUAUUUGUGAAAGAGAAGACCUUGAAACAGUUUUUUGCUGGGAAUGGCUGUGCUUACAAAUACAGUGCAUGGCAGAUGGCUCAUGGGAGGAACAAAUCCUAAGGCUACGCUGUCAAGUGCUGGAAGGGGAUGUCCUGCAGGACUUUGGACAUGGAAAACACGGCUGUUCAAAGCACCCAAAGGCUCCUAGAUCUGAAAGACCCUUAUGCAAAGGAAUGCCCAGCAGAGGAAAUAUCUGACCAGCUUUAAACGAAGCCUGUGGAGUAAAAACAGCCCAGUGCUGAUCAUGGACAAAUCACAUUGCACCGAUGCUCCUGGAGCUUGCUGUGGGAGUAGUCUCACUUUCCACAACUCUCUCAGUGAACGUGUUUCCUUAGAGGAGGGGUCAGAAGAAGGAGGGACCUCUCAGUGACUAGCUGAUGCUUGGAAAGGUGAAUUUCAAAUCACCAGAAACCUGAGUCCAACAGCUGCCUUCAUCCUAUCAGAAAAUCGUAACGUCCUAUGGGCAAAAGGCUGAACCUGCACCCUCCACCAUCCCAUAGGAACUGCGUGUGGGUGGGGCUCAGAGACGGAAGUGCAGCUGGGGGACAAACAAUGUUUUGCGUAUGGUACAUGCUUGCUUUGUAACUCCAUGAUUGGGCCUUUGUAACAGAGAAGGGACUUGACAAUAUAGCACAGAAAAGGUGAACACGGGCGCAAGGCACGGGAUGGAAUCAGAAAUAACUAAAUGCUGGCCCUGAGCUGAGACGCUCAGUACCAAUCUACCAUGUCCCUUCAUACAGAAGUGUUUGGCUCAUGGAUGUUUCUAAAAUACACUGGCAGAGGGAGUAGUAUACAUGAGUGCUGUCAGGAAUGUUUGUUUAAAAGCACACUGGCUCAUUUUUUACUCUGAUUUUCAGACAGCACACAUGCACACUAAAAAUGUGUCAAACUUCAUGUCAGGUGUGUGUGCAAGCAAGGGUCCUGCUGGGUGCAUAACCAAUGACUUGCACAUGCAAUGCAAUUAAAUGUAAAUG